UCAGGACGACAGCGAGAGAGAGGCCACAUCCACCGACAACAGGGAAGAAGGCGAGGCCAGGGAACCGCCAGACCUCAUGGCCUUGGAGGAGGCCGAGAGGCAGAAGCCUCCCAAAAUGCUGACGGAGGCGCAGAAGGAGACCAUCAAGAGGACCUGGAAGAUCAUCGAGACCAACGUCGCAAGAGUCGGUGUUGUCACGUUCAUUGGGUUAUUCGAGACGCAUCCGGAUGUGCAGGAGGUCUUUAUCCCCUUCAGAGGACUCCCGAUGGAGGAAGUGCAGCAGUCCAAAGAACUCCGCUCCCACGCACUCAGAGUAAUGGGUUUCGUGGAGAAGGCAGUGCGGAGACUGGAAGAGCCGGAAAAACUCGUCCCUCUGAUACAAGAGUGUGGCAAGAACCACUGCCAUUACGGAGCGCAGAUCCAACACGUCGAGCUGGUGGGGCCGGAGUUCCUGAAGGCCAUUCAACCGGCCUUGGAGAGCGAAUGGACGGACGAGGUGGAAGAGGCCUGGGACCUCCUCAUGAAGAACAUCGCCUACGGGAUGCGACUGGCCAUGAUAGAGGAAAUAAAGAAAGGAUAAAAGGAUGAGACUUUAGAUACGAGAGCGAAGUGUGGCUGCUUGGUGAAAUAAAAGUGACUAUAAUUUUAACAUUAUUAACGUUAAAUGGGCGUCCGCAUCACAUGAAGUGAAGAAAAUUGUUAAUAUGAGAAUCGUAGUAUACUUGAGCAAAAUAUGGAUGAACGAGAGAAAAAAAGGUUUGAAUAAAAAGAUUGAGAUAUUAACUUCGCAAAAUG